CUCAGAGUAAGCCGUCAUGACUGAGACUUGAUGGACACUUGAUGACUCAAUCUUUGUUUUCCGCAUAAGAUGGCAUCAGCUACUCCUUCACCUCUAACCAGUUCGGUAGAGAAGACAAAUGGAGCCAAGCUCAGCAGACUUCUCAUCGAUGGUGGAACAACAGUCCUGAGAUGUAUUUUCGAUAGCUGUCAUCCUCCAGCAAGUCUUUCGGCUUCCUUUACUGCAAACUAUUCAACUCUGAAUACUCUCUUAAGGAAACGAAUUUUACACAGAUCACAGUGGGAUUUAUUGUUUCCUCCAAGCGGUGCUCCUCCAGACUCCCAAACAUUUGAUAUCACUCUUUUAUUCCUUCUCUUAACCAACAUUUGUGGUCUCUCCCCACCCCUCUCUGGGUGGCACACUAAACCAAUUCCAAGUGACAUCUCCCUUGAAGCAAAUCUUGCUCGCAUAAAGUUUUACCGCAAUAAAUUGUAUGGCCAUGUUACCACAACUGGUAUUGCUGAUCCAACUUUCUCAACUCUGUGGCAGGAGAUCAGUGCUGUUCUUGUUGCUCUUGGCUUACAGCAGGCAGAAAUCGAUAGAUUGAAGGCUGAGCGUUGUGGAGAGCAAGAGUUCUUAGAUGCGUUGCUUGAGUGGGCUGAUUCUGAGGAAGAUAUAAAAUCACAGCUAAAAGAAAUCCGUCGUGUCCAGACCAAGGUAUACAAAAUAGUCAGUGACGUACAUAAGACCCAGCUACAAGAUCACGAAGCUGUACAGAAAAAUAAUUCCAGGUUGGAAUACAUACGCCAGACCCAGCUGGAAGAUCACCGAACUCUUCAAGAUAGCAAAGCAAAGCUCGACGAAGCUCGUCGAACUCAGCUUGAAGACAGCAAUACAAUUCAAGAUACACAAUUAAAGGUGGACGAGGUAUACGAAAGGUUGAAGACUUUGAAAAAAGAAUUCCAGCAGAAUAUUGAUGACUUGAAAGGCGAAAGAAAGAAGCAAUGUGAUGAUGAAAUUCUAAGGAGACUCGCAAAGGUCGACACUUUGCAUGAUGUAAGGCACCAUGCAAACAGAUAUUUGAACGGGACUCGUUUGUCGAUCUUUGCCGAAGUUGAGAGCUGGUUAGGUGAUAAGGAAUGUUCGAAUCGUGUGAUGGUAAUCAGUGGAAAUGCCGGAAUGGGAAAGUCUGUUAUAUCUGCUGUCUUGUGCGAAAAGAUGCUAAAAGCUGGAAGAUUGUUAGGAAGCCAUUUUUGUAAGCAUAACAUGGAGCGCCGAAGGAAUCCGAAGGUGAUGUUACAGUCCUUAGCCUGUCAGCUGUCUGAUUCUCUGCCAGAAUACAAGGCUGCUCUCGUCGACAAGCUGUCGAGAAAUGUGGGUAAUGAGAUCAACAGUAUGGAAGUGAGAGAUUUGUUCGAAUUGCUGUUUGAGGAACCUCUUUGCGGCUUGAACGACCCUGAUUUAACCUAUCUCAUGGUAAUGGAUGGAUUGGAUGAAAGUGAAUGCCAAGGACGCAAUGACCUUUUAGACGUGAUUGCCAAUUACUUUAAGAAGCUCCCUCUUUGGAUCAGAUUUCUGAUAACAACGCGACCUGAAUUAAACAUCGCAGACAGGCUGAAGUGUUUGCAGCCCUUGCACUUGGAGCCAAGUAACGAAGAGAACUUGAGUGAUAUCCACCAUUGCUUCGAAAAAAAGCUAACUCACUUGUCGCAAUAUGGAAAUCGGGAAAUCCUGCUAAAAGAACUAGUUGCAAAGUCGGAGGGGAUCAUGCUUUAUGCUCACUACCUGGUUGAUUUUCUAAAUAACAAUGUUCCAAUGACACAUGAGCUGAUGCAAAGCACCAUGCCAGUAGGCAUUUCGUCUGUUUACCAAUGCUAUUUUGAGCGUUUGGAGAAAGAUUUACGUGAACAGUUGAAGAUCACAGAAGACCAAUUCCUGAAUUUCCUGUGCGCUGUCGCGGCUGCGCGCGAACCUUUGCCCCUAGGCUUUGUAUCAAAAUUAUUGCUGUCAGCGGGGAGUUCAUCGUCAGCUAAUCAACGGAAGCUAAGAAAAGCUAUUACAUGUAUCUCGAACCUUCUUCCCAUUGAAAAUGAGUGCAUCCACUUUUUUCACAAGUCCAUCAAAGAUUGGUUGAUUGACAGCUCAUGCUAUGGGCAUCACAAUUUUACUUUGGUCAAAACAGAAUGUCACAAUAUUCUUGCCCAACUUUGCAUUGAUGAACUUGAUGAGCUGAAGCGAAAAGGUGUCCGCAGUGCACAUUUCAGUGACACAGCAAAGUAUGCGUUACAACAUGGCGUUACACAUAUGUUUGAAUUGAGUGAGGAUGCAAGAGAAUGUAGCCUCGAAGAAGUUGUAACAAAGUAUGUGUUGGACUUGGAACUGGUGUACGCAAAGCUGUGUGUCAACUCCUCUGCGGCCUCGGAAGAUAUUGUUCGCGUUCUGAAGCGACAGCGUUUCAUAAACAGAGAUUCGUUUGACAAGUGCCAUAGAAUGAAAGAACUUAAAAGUUUGUUAUUACAAUUACGGAAACAUAACAGUAUGUUAACAGAAUUUCCUCAGGCCCUGUUUCAAAUCCUGUUGAAUGACGGAGGACGUACAUUAUCGUAUGAAGCACUAAACCUUUUGGAGACUAAAUUUCCGGAAUUCUCAUACAUGGAAUAUUUGCAUAAGAACGAUCAAGAAGAGCUUGUUCAAGCCAGAUUUCAAUGUUCAACCGAGGUAACUUGUUUAGACGUUUCACCUCAGCUAGAUUUAAUGGUUUGUCAGUGUAAAGAUGACACGAUUCACCUUUGGUCACUAGAAACUGGUAAGCUCUUAUGGACUCGUUCUCAGCCUGUUCAAGAACCCUUAGACUAUGUGUAUCUUUCAAACGCCUUUAGAUCGAUUUCACCUGAAGCAUCUGGCUGCUUAUCAUUUUACCGUUCUGUGUUGUUUCAUCCUACUGAGCAACUUGUAUUAGCAGGAAUUCUUAGUUAUGCCUAUUCUUUCGACGGAAUCCUCAAACCACUUUUUCCCUCAAGUAAGUGUUCCUUCUCAGUUUGUUCCGUGUCUUCAGGGAGAACGGCAAUAUUAACUGAUUGUCCUGGCAACCCUAAAUGUGUAAUUAUGUGGAGUCUCAUUGAUGGAUCGGAAACCAGUCGUUUCAUUGGCACCGAUGAUGUCUUAUCUUUUGCUUGGUCUCGAGAUGGGAAUCUGUUGGCAAUUUCUGAUUCUAUGGGAUGUAUAAGUUUGGUUGAUACUCUGAAUGGGUUUAAUCUUUUGGUAAAGACACAUACCUCGCACAAGAGGGGAAUGAUAAAGUUCUCCCAAGACUGUCGUUACCUUUUCGGAGCACACUUUUCCGUUCAACCGUAUCUGAAACACCAUCUUUUGUGUUUAGAGGUGAAAGUAAACGACACUGGUACUAUGUCGUUAGAUAUUGUACCCGUCAAAAUUUCCUAUGACCCCUGGGAAUACGAAUCGUGUGCCGAGUCUGGUUUCGCGCUUGGGGAUUCUAUGUGGUAUCCGUUUGAGAAAUGCCCAGCCGAUUGGUUCACGGAGUUUGCGUUGGUGCUCAAUGAACAGUGCCUGUUAAGGGGUUCACCUGUAAGUGAUGUCAUUGAAAUGUUGAGCAUCGAGGAACGAACUAAAUACAGAUAUGCAGUUUCUCAGACUGCCAUGGAGAAAGUGGUAUUUUCAGUUGAUGGAAACACUCUUUAUACAGUCACCCAUCCUACUGGAAAAACACGAACCCUUCUGGCGUGGGACGCUUUGAAUUUAACGUUAAAAGCCGAGAAAAGCGUUCAUGCUGGUUUUAGGGACAACUGUACUCUAGUUGUUGUAAGGAAAGGUGUUUUACUCACAGCCUCGGAUGGCGUUCUUGAACUGUGGAAUGCCGAGUUGUCUGAGUGUGUCCAAAGAUGGACUAAUGUAGGGUUUAUUAGGCGAGCAUUCCAUGUGACAGAAGAACGAGUUGCCUUGGAAAAGCUCAGCGGAAAGAUAGAGAGCAUUUUGGAUACAACAGAGGAGGAUAUUGCGCCAAUGACCUGUGGUGGAAAAGGUAAAUUUGUUGCUUGCAAUAGUAAAGGUCAGGUGGUAAGACUCGCCGAUAAAAACUCACUGCAGUUACUUUGUGGCGACUGUGUACUCUGGCAAACGUCGUCACCUUGUGCCUUGUUCUUCUUCCAUUACCAUGGCACUUUUUCCCCAUCCGAACGGUUGUUUGUGAUUUUGGGCAGAGCCAUACGUGGUUAUAAAUUUGAUGGAGCCGUUUUUGUCUUUGAUGCAGUUUCUGGAAAAGCAGUCCGCAUGUUACCUGCUUAUGACAACAGAAGUUAUCCUCGAGUUGAAUGCGCAUUUCUCAGUGAUGAGGAGUAUCUCAUAUCAACCAAUUAUACUCUUCGAAUGUUUAAUAUCAAGUCUGGUCAACUGCUGAGUGUGAUUGCAAUGGAAAGUAUUGUAUGGAGUGUAACAACUUCUCCUCCCAGACGUCUCGUCGCUGUUGGUCUUGAAGGUUCCAGCCGAGGAUUCAAAAUUAUGCGGGUGAAACCAGGAGAUGGACUAAGAAAGCAAUUUAAAUGAAAGCAUAAACCUCCAGGAAGGAUUCAGUCACCGGAAAACCCAGAAGAUCGCAUUUCUUUCAGAUACUCCGAUGCCCUCUGUUAGUCACCAACUUCGUCCCGGGAUAGGCCUAAGACUCACACAUGGACAACGAAUGUUUUGAUUUUUUAGAUGAACUGAAUAAGAAUAGAUUGGCAGAGAAAUGAGAUUAAAAUGAAGAAUUUUA